AUGCACAAGGCACCCGUGCAACAUAGCCCACUGGACCUGGACGAACUGAUAUCGCUCCGGCGAUGGCAGCUUCUUUGGUCACUUGCCGCACGCGAAGCGCGACCGACCGACGGGAAAGUGGCGCUCACCAUCCUAAGCCAGACCGACGCUGAGCUGUCCCUUCAACAACAUCUCGACCUCGCCCCCGACAUCCUUAGCUACCCCCGUCUCACUACCGAGGGGGGCACCGAACCAUUGAUGAUGGCACAACCCGUGCCUCAUCAUGCGACGGACAAGAAACGCGUCAAGGUCUACGAACUGCGCAACAAUGACUGGUUCGACCGAGGCACCGGUUUCUGUACCGCUGCCUUCAUGCAGUCGGAAGAUGGCCAGCCUCGAGACCCCCGAGUCAUCGUCGAAUCCGAAGACCACCCAGACCGACUCCUACUGGAGACCAAGAUUUGCAAGGAGGAUGGCUUCCAGAAACAGCAAGGCAGGUCGUCCGACUUUAUAUCAUCCGGCGCGAGUGGACUGACACAUCAUGUAGAGACUUUGAUCGUCUGGACCGAACCCGCUAAUGGCAUUGACAUGGCGCUAUCUUUUCAAGAGGCAGACGGCUGCGCUAUGAUCUGGAAAUUCGUCAACAGUGUACAGCAGACUUUCCAGGGUGGGCUGGUCGCCGCAGAUGACAGUCUUUCUGAUGACCUCGCCAUGGAGAUGCCGAGCUCCAUCAGCCUUCCUCCUGCCGAGAUUGGGAACAUCCCUGAGAUUGAGGCGAGCAUGCGCAUCAUGAGCCAGACGACCAGUGGACGAGAUGCUCUUGUGAAGUGCAUGGUCAACGACAGCUACAUUGGGAAGCUGAUUCCUUUGGUUGAGAUGGCCGAAGACCUCGAGAGCCUCCCCGAUCUGCAUCGGUUAUGCAACAUCAUGAAGACCAUCAUCUUGCUGAACGACACGUCCAUUAUCGAGACUGCAGUGUCCGACGAAUGCGUCAUCGGAGUUGUCGGCGCUCUUGAAUACGACCCCGAUUUCCCGAGCCACAAGGCAAACCAUCGACAUUGGCUCGGCAAUCAAGGAAGAUACAAGGAGGUCGUGCCGAUCGAGGACGACAACAUACGCAGGAAAAUUCAUCAGACGUACCGACUGCAGUACUUGAAAGAUGUCGUUUUGGCUCGGAUUCUCGACGACCCGACCUUUUCCGUCCUCAACUCGUUGAUCUUCUUCAACCAGGUCGACAUUGUUCAGCACUUACAGGGGAACGCGAACUUCCUCAGUGAGCUGUUCAGCAUCUUCAAGCCCACCCAGCCUGACCAGAAAAAGAAGAAGGACGCCGUGCUCUUCAUACAGCAGUGCUGUGCCAUCUCGAAGAACUUGCAGCCCCCGGCGCGACAGAACCUCUUCGCCAACUUCCUCCAACACGGACUUCUUCAGGUGAUCAACUUUGGCCUGCGUCACAGCGAUGUGGGUGUCCGGGUUGGAGCGACCGAUGUGCUGGUCGCUUUGAUAGACCAUGACUCUCAACUGAUUCGCCACACAAUUUACCGACAAAUCCAGGAGCGUCAGCAGCCGUUGACCGAUUCUCUCAUCGACCUGCUUCUGGUGGAAGCCGACCUGGGCGUCAAAGCACAGGUUUCCGACGCGGUCAAGGUUCUCCUCGACGUCCAGCCGUCACCGCCGCCGUUGGUGCAGGAGGUCUUCGCUGCGAAGUCUAACGGGGAAUUUCCCAACGGGCCUAAUGGACCCAAUGGACCCAACGGGCCUAAUGGGCCUAACGGACCUAGCGGGCCCAGACGGCCAGGGGAUGUCCAGCAAGACAUCUACAUCAACACUUUCUACACAAACUCUGCGCCUCGCCUUUUUAAGCCGCUGACGGAACUUCGUGAGCGCAAAGACAUGAACUUUACCCUACAACACGCCUCCAUGUUCACAUAUCUCAUCGAGAUAUUGUGCUUCUUCAUCAGGCAGCAUGGGCACCGGUCGAAACAAUUCGUUCUGGAGCAAGACAUUCUGAGAAGAGCUUGCCAGCUGCUCGCGUGCCCGGAGAAGUACAUACAACUCAUCGCUGUUCGCUUUUUCCGGCAUUUGGCAAACUUCCAGGAUGCCUUCUGGGACAAGCAUCUCAUGGAACACGGCGUGUUGAAACCGCUGCUUGACUUGACCUCCAAGUCAAUGGCCCGGGACAAUCUCCUUAAUUCUGCUUGUGUAGAGUUCUUCGUCAACCUCACUGGGCAUGACAACAAGAAGGAUUAUUGCAAGUUCUUGGUGCAGAACUACCGAGACCAGCUGGUUGAGCUAAGUUACGCCGAACCCGCCGAUACCUUCAAAUCCAUUGUUGCCAAUUACGACCAAACAAACGGCUUCACACUGGAUCUAUACAAUGAGUCUGAGGAAGACCAUGCUAAGCGGAUGGCAAAUCCGCACGCGAGGCUCGCGGAACAGCUUCACAUCGACAGCGAGCAAGACGAAUACUUCAACACAUCCGAUGAUGAAGACAACCCCGAGAGCCAAGCUUUCGAUAAACAUCCCACAAACGGUUCUGCUGUGUCGACACCAGCUUCGAAACCACUCGUCGACUACCCGUCGGAUGAGGAAGCAGAAGACGCAGAGAACGUAGACCCCGAGGUCUUGCCAACAACUGGCGACAAGCAAGAGGGGGCGGAUGUUACCUCCGACACAAGCAGUGAGUCGUCAUCAGUGGCGCCACCAGAGCGGCUUUCGGAAAAGCGGCGGCGCGAGGAGGACGAUGACGACGAACUCGGCAAGAUGAUGCAGAACAAACGGAGGAACAGCAGUUCGGCUGGGUCCAAUGCAUCCAUGACUUCUGGCAUGGUCAGGAGGAAGAAGAGCUUCGCGGACAGGUCGAAUCCGGCAGCGCCAAAGAAAAUUGCCAUCAGCAUAUCCCCAUCAGUCAAAACUGGCGGGACGACGAGGUCGGACGAUGAAUCCUAG